AUGGAGGACACAGACGCUCAGGCAAAGGCCCAGCUGCCUUGUGUUGAUGGUCAUGAUGUACAAGCCGACAACAAUCAUGUUCUUCAUCCUCAUAGCACUGGCGACGGCGUCGCCCCCAAUACCCUUGCUCCCAUUGCCAUCAUAGGCAUGUCCUGUCGGGUGUCGGGGGAUGUCUCUUCUCCAGAAGAUUUCUGGCAGAUGAUUUGCAGAGGGCGAAAUGGAUGGUCUGAGAUCCCUGAGGAUCGAUUCAGCAAAGGCGCCCACUGGCACCCAAACCCUGCCAGGAAGGGUGCCUUCAACUCUCGUGGCGGCUACUUCAUCAAACAAGACCCGGCCAUGUUUGAUGCACCCUUCUUCAACAUCACACGGGCUGAAGCAGAAGCUAUGGGCAUGUUAUCCCCCUUUCUUAACGCAGGUAUCCCCAAGGAGUCACUUCCAGGUCAGAAGAUCGGAGUCUUCGUUGGUGGUGCCGCGUCCGACUAUCGCCUGGGUACACUGCGGGAUCUCGAGCAGACUCCUAUGUUUGAUGCCACUGGAAAUCAUCAGUCGAUCCAGGCUGGACGCAUCUCGCACCAUUUCGAUCUCAGAGGCCCUAGCUGCAGCGUCGACACCGCCUGUAGCUCAAGUCUCUACGCCCUGCAUCAAGCAGUGCUGAGCAUUCGGAAUGGGGAGUGUGACCAGGCCAUUGUGGCAGCAUGUCAUCUUAAUCUUCAGCCUGGAGACUGGAUCUCGAUGAGUUUGUCCAGACUAUUCUCUGACCAGGGCAUGACGUUUGCCUUUGACAACCGUGCCAAGUCUGGAUUUGCCCGUGGCGAUGGAGUGGGUGUUUUGGUCCUCAAGCCUGUGCAUCGCGCUGUUAAAGACAAUGACAGAAUCCGGUCUGUCAUUGUGAACUCGGGUGUGGGUCAAGACGGCAGAACUGUCGGGAUCACUUCGCCGAGUGGAAAGGCCCAGGAGCAGCUGAUGCGUGAAGUGUACGCCCGAGCCGGCAUCAGCUCGCAGGAUGUUGGUUUCGUCGAAGCACACGGGACAGGCACCAAAGUUGGUGAUCCCAUCGAGGCCACAGCCAUCCACAAUGUCUUCUCUGAGGGCAGAACAGCCAAGAAUCCCCUCUACCUGGGAUCUGUCAAGAGCAAUGUCGGCCAUCUUGAAAACGCCAGCGGAGUUGUGGCCGUCAUAAAAGCCGCCAUGAUGUUGGAAAAGGGCUUCAUCCUCCCCAACACGAAUUUUGAGACGCCAAACGAGAAUAUUCCACUCCGAGAGUGGAAUAUGAAGGUUCCCACGUUUCAGCAGCCGUGGCCCUCCAAUAAAAAGUACAUCAGCAUCAACAACUUUGGCUUUGGCGGAUCCAAUGCGCACUGCGUGCUCGCAAGACCACCACUUUAUCACUCCGGGCCAGGCCAGGCAAGGCCCGUGUCCACGGCCAAACAGCGCCUGUUCGUACUGUCGGCCAACGACGAGGUUGCUGCAAAGAGCACCAUGAAGAACCUCUCCAUUUAUCUGGAACAGCAUCCCGAGGUCUUCCAGAAGCAGCUCCUCCGGAACCUGGCCUACACACUCUGCCACAGACGGUCUCAGCUCUCGUGGCGUAUCGGCCUCGUUGCGUCAUCCGCUUCUGAACUGGCCGAGGCCGUCAGCUCUUCCGAUGCCAGACCGGUCCGAGCUGCCCAGCAAGCCCCAAAGAUUGCCUUCGUGUACACUGGACAGGGGGCUCAGUGGCACGCCAUGGGUCGUGAGCUGAUGGGUGCGUAUCCUGUGUUUGCCAGCACAAUGCAUACUGCAGAUCGCUGUCUCCAGAGCCUGGGUGCCGACUUCUCUCUGGUAGAGGAGUUGUCCCGGGACAAGACCAGUUCUCGGGUGGGUGAGGCCCACAUCAGCCAGCCUGCAUGCGUGGCCAUUCAGCUAGCCCUCACGGACCUUCUCAGUUCCUGGGGCGUCUCGCCUUCUGCCGUAACUGGCCACUCCAGUGGGGAGAUCGGCGCAGCUUAUGGUGCUGGAGCGCUGACCCUGGAAGCGGCCAUGUGCGUUGCCUACCAGCGCGGUCAGGCUGUGGUCAAGAUGAGGGCGCGAUACCCAGACCUGCGAGGCUCCAUGAUGGCAGUAGGUGCUGGCCCAGAAGCAAUGAAGCCUCUUUUACAGCAGCUUACCGAUGGCGUUGCGGUGGUGGCCUGUGAGAACUCGCCCAGCUCGGUGACCAUCUCAGGCGAUGAGGCUGCUAUUGAUGCGCUGGAUACAAUAAUCGAGUCGGAACAACUCUUCCACAGAAAGCUUCGGGUCGACGUUGCAUAUCAUUCGCCACACAUGGGACUUGUCUCGGAUGACUACUAUGAGAGCAUACACGAGACACUGUCUACUGCAACCAACGCAUCAUCAUCAUCCUCCUCUCCUGCCUCGCCCAGUGAAUGUCGCCAGGUGGAGUUCUUCUCGUCUCUGCGUGGAACCAAGAUCCAGGAUACCUCUUCUCUCGUCGACGCGACGUACUGGGUCGAAAACCUCACGAAGCCAGUACGAUUCUCUACAUCGGUCAAGCAGCUGUGCACCGAGAGCCCUCCAGAUGUGAUUGUGGAAAUUGGGCCACAUGCAGCACUCGAGGGGCCAGUCAAGCAGAUUCUCAAAGGCUGUGGUGUCGGACCUCAACAACAGACGAGCAGCAGCAACAAGGCAAUUGAUUACUUGUCGGUUCUGUAUCGGAGUAAAUGUGCCGUCAAUACCUCGUUGCGAUUGGCUGCGAGCCUUCACAUGAAAGGCCAGCCUUUGAACAUGGCCAACAUCAAUUUGGAAGAUCCAAAUGUCUCACCGCCUGUUCUCGUCGAAGAUAUGAAGCCGUACCCAUGGUGCCGCCAGAAGUAUUGGUCUGAGCCACGUCUGUCUCGACAACAUCGUAUCAAGCCCUUUCCCAGGCAUGAUCUCUUGGGAAAUAUGGCCGAUUUUUCCAACGAAAUAGCACCCAGCUGGAGAAACGUCCUCAGGACAGAGGACCUCCCAUGGCUGCGUGACCACAAGAUGCAGUCACUGACCACUUUCCCUUUUGCUGGGUUCGUCUCCAUGGCGAUCGAGGCUGCAGCCCAGCGCGCGGCCCAUCGUGGUGUUGCGUUCCAGAGCUUUAGCCUACGAGAGAUCCAGGUCAAGAGGCCGCUGCUGAUGGAGGACGGCGAGGAUUAUGAGGUCAUGACUUGCUGUUCACCUUAUGCUGAGGGAUUGCGCUCCUAUUCGGACGAAUGGGAUGAGUUCCGCAUCCUAUCUUGGGAAGAUGGUGGCAAGGGAUGGACUGAACACUGUCGUGGCCUGAUCUCGGCCAGGAAGAAUGCUUCCCACCAUCAACGCGACGCUGUAGCCCGUCAAAAGAUUGAGGCUGCAGAACAAACAUGCAGCGACGAGGAAAUACCCGUCUCCACGUUCUAUCAGGACCUGGAUGGUAAAGGAGCCACUUAUGGUCCGACAUUCCGAAGACUCAGCUCCAUCAGGUCCAGUGAUUCCUACUCGGUGGCCGACGUGGAUGCUGCGGUGGUUACAGAUACAACAGCCACGAUGCCCAUGGAGUAUCAGACGCCAUACCAUGUUCACCCUGCGCUCCUGGACCAGAUCCUGCAGCUCUCAUUCCCGAUCCUCGGUGCCGGCAGGCCGUCCGUGGGCAUGAGAACGCUCUACAUGCCCUCGGCCAUCCAGGAGCUGCACGUACAGCGCGAUGUGACCACAUCGACGACCUUGCUCCCAGGUGACAAAUUGCGCGUUGUAGGUCAUGGGUGUCCCGACCACAAGAACCCCAAGGCCACCGAUUUUGACAUGGACGCCAUUCUGUCUCGUCCAAGUGUUGAGGGAGAGAAGGAAAGUCACCCUGACGCUCUCGCCGUCUCUUCAUUGAUCAAAAUAGUUGGCCUCUGCAUGACACCCGUGAGAAACGAGAGCGGCACCCUCGAUAACCCCCGAGAACUGUGUUUCAGGAUGCAGUGGGAGCCUGUCCUCUCAAGUGACGGAACCAGCACGCCUACUACUGUCGAGAACAACAACAGUGAUUCUGGGUAUGCUGGCUCGUCAGAUGACGACGAGGCUACUUCUAACAACAAGUCCGACCAACAUCAAAAACAAGCUUGGGCUGAGAAGACGGUAGUCUUGUUGUCUGGGAAUUCAGGUGCUGACGAGCCACUCUUGAGCCAGCUUGCAGAAGCUGUCCAAAGGAGAUCAGGCAAGGCUGCAGCCAUCCACUCACUUCUUUCGCCUGACAGCCAACUUGAGAGCCUGGACCUGUCGAGAUCCCACGUCAUGAUCUGCGAGCUAGACCAGCCCAUCCUCUCAAGGCUGACCAGCCAGGGGUUCUCUCAACUCCAGAAGGUCUUGACAGGCGCAGCUGGCGUGCUGUGGAUCACCAGGGGAGCCUACCUGCACGCAGCGAGCCCCGACGGGAAUAUGGCCGUGGGACUAUGCAGGACUGUUCGAUCCGAGAGAGAGGCGGCAGUGGCUACUCUUGAUCUGGAUCCCGCGUCCAGCCUCUCAAACACCAAGAAAACGACGAAUCUCAUCCUAGAGACCUUCACCAGAGUGUUUGAUUCUGUAAACCAGGAGGUCAACGACAUGGAAUACGCCGAAAAGGACGGCGCACUCUUGGUUCCAAGAAUCAUCAACGACGAUGCCAUGAACCUUUUGGUCCACCGUGAGGUCCACCCUGAUCAAUGCGAGCCCUAUCUCCAGGACUUUGUCCAAGAUGCAUCGUCGCAGCCUCGUCGUCUCAAGAUGUCUGUCGGCACGGCGGGCGCACUUGACAGUCUCUAUUUCCAUGACGACGACGACAACAACAACCAGGAGGGCGUUGACAACAAUGUCAUGCUCGGUGACCAAGAGAUAGAGAUCGAGAUUCGAGCCACCGGCAUGAACUUCAAAGACGUUGUGGUCGCCAUGGGCCAGUUAUCUCAGCCAUACAUCGGCAUCGAGGCCGCAGGCAUCGUGUCUCGCAUCGGCCCCAAGGUUGCCAGCCUGGCUGUUGGCGACAGGGUAUGUGCCAUGACCCACGGCGCCUACAGCACAGUGGCCAGGUGUCCUGAGACCAGCGCCGCGCGGAUUCCCACGACCAUGUCCUUCGAGACGGCGGCAUCCAUCCCCGUUGUCUACUGCACAGCAUACUACGGUCUUGUCGAGCUCGGAAGGCUAGACGAGGGUGAGACGAUUCUGAUCCAUGCAGCAGCAGGCGGCGUUGGGCAGGCCGCCAUCCAGCUGGCCAAGAUGCUGGGAGCAGCAGCGAUCUAUUGCACCGUCGGCAGUCCCGACAAGAAGCAGUUCAUCAUGAAAGAAUAUGGCAUCCCAGAGAACCAUAUUUUCUCCAGCCGCGAUGCAUCCUUUGGGCCGGCCAUUCGUGAGGUAACAGCUGGGAAGGGCGUCGACUUGAUCAUCAAUUCCCUGGCCGGUGAUUUGUUGCGAGAAUCAUGGGACUGCAUUGCCCAUUUUGGUCGCUUUAUCGAGAUCGGAAAGAGGGAUAUCACUUCGAACACCCGCCUGGAGAUGGCCAAAUUCAACAAUAACGCCACUUUUAGCUCUGUGGACUUGACAGUCCUUGCCAACGAGAAGCCGAAGAAGAUGGCUGCCACGUUCAGUGAUGUCCUGAAGCUGUUUGAGAAGAAUCUCGUCAGCCCAAUUGCGCCCAUCAACGUCUUUGGCAUCUCUCAGGUUGAAACUGCCUUCCGUCUCCUGCAGAGUGGAAAAACAACGGGAAAACUCGUCGUCGUGCCACAGGCUGGGGAGCAAGUCAAGGCAACACAUCCCACGAGCAGCACCAAAUCUGCUCUCUUCCGGGCCGACGCCACUUACCUUCUCAUCGGUGGUACUGGAGGCCUGGGAAGGUCUCUUUCUAAGUGGAUGGUGGCCAGAGGCGCGAGAAAUAUCGUCUUGGUCUCUCGACGGGCUCGACUCGAGGGCGCAGUGGAGCAGCUUGCUGAGAACUUGAGGCAGUCUGCAGGAGCUAACAUUGUUGUCAAGGCUUGCGAUGUGACCGAGAAGGACCAGGUCACCAGCCUCAUCGAGACUUGCUCCUCGGAGCUUCCACAGAUCGCGGGUGUUAUACACGCCGGUAUGGUGCUAAGGGACGUAUUGUUCGAAAAGAUGGCUUUUGAGGAUUACCAAGCCGUCAUCGGCUCCAAGGUGGCGGGUACGUGGAACAUCCACAACGCCCUCCUCACCUCCAACCCGCCGCUCGACUUCUUCAUUGCCCUCUCUUCGGCUGCCGGAAUCGUGGGAAAUCGCGGCCAGGCUGCCUAUGCUGCCGCAAACACCUUCCUCGACGCCUUCUGCCGCUAUCGACAACAGCAUCUCGGCCUUCGCGCUGCCUCGAUUGAUCUCACCGCCGUGCAAGACGUCGGAUACCUGGCCGACACGGGCGCAGAUCGUCAAGACGAAGUGCUGAAGAACCUUGGAGGCGAGAGCAUGAACGAGGCCGAAGUUCUGGCUCUGAUCGCUGCCGCUGUCGUUGGAAAUCCUGGGUCGGACAGCAACGAGGAGAAGGGCAUUUUCCCAGGCCACUGCCUGACCGGUCUGAGGCUCGGUGACGAUCCGCAGAGACUCCCCUACUAUGCCCAAGACGCCAAGUUCAAUCAUUUGCGCGAGGCCGUCCUCUCUUUGCACGGCGCCGCCGGUGGUGCUGCGUCAUCAGGGGCACAGGUCUCGAUCGCCACAUCUCUGUCUCGAGCCAAGUCGCCAGAGGAGGCUAUCGAGAUCAUCACCACUGGGCUCACGGGGAAGCUUAGUUCCAUCCUGAUGGUGCCGACCGAAGAACUCGACGCUGAAACGCCUAUCACCAAGUAUGGUCUGGACAGCCUGAAUGCCAUCGAGCUGAGGAACUGGAUUACCAAAGAGCUGGGUGUGAACCUGCAGGUAUUGCAGUUGUUGACGAGCGGGUCUUUGACCAACCUGGCUGGUAUAAUAUUUACCAAGCGAGGUUGAAUGAAUGGAACUCAUUGUAGAAUGACCCAUCCAUUCAGCAUGCAAGUCGCAAGUCAGAUUACGAGUGACAAGGCCGAGGAAUAAUAUCAGUGCGUGUAUAGUAACUGUUUAGUAGCUUUGAUUACAGAAAUUGGGACUUUUGUUUGAAAUACAUAAAUAUAUACACACACUUAUAUAU